CAUAUCAUAUCAUCAUAUAGUAAUAGCCUAAUAGGGUAACAAGUAACAACACACAUCUCCGAUUUCUGUAACUAGCGUCACCACCAGACUCUCUCCCCUCCCUCACUCUCCCCCUUCAUCUUCGUCGUUCUUCCAAUCUCUCUCUGGCCGAGUUCAGAAAUCACUUUCUGGGCAACAUCAGAGGGUUUGUUCUUGCUAAUUGAUAUCUAUUUAAAUUAUGACAAUUGAGUUUGGAAUUGUCACCGAUGACUUUCUUCGUCAAUUGAACAAUGGAGACCCUAAUUUCAAUUUCCCCAAUCCUGUUCCUGUUCUUCGCUUCCUUUACGAGCUCGUUUGGUCCAUGGUUCAGGGUAGCUUGCCGUUUCAGAAAUGUAAAGCAGCAUUGGACGCCGUUCAGUUUUCGGAUUCUGUAUCGGAGGAUGAAUUAGGCUCACAUUUUGCUGAUAUUGUUUCUCAAAUGGCUCUUGAUCUGACCUUGUCCACAGAUAUUCGUGCCCGUCUUAUUAAACUGGCAAGGUGGUUUGUUGAGUCCUCAUUAGUUCCAGUGAGGCUUUUCCAGGAGCGUUGUGAGGAAGAAUUUUUGUGGGAGUGUGAAAUGGUCAAAAUAAAGGCUCAAGAACUAAAAUCUAAAGAGGUCAGAGUGAAUACUCGUCUGUUGUAUCAGCAGACAAAGUUCAACCUUCUUCGAGAAGAAAGCGAGGGCUAUGCCAAGCUGGUGACCCUACUUUGUGAGGGUUCAGGGGCACCUAACUUGUCAUCUUCCACAAUUGGCACUAUUAAGUCAUUGAUUGGACACUUCGACCUUGAUCCAAAUCGCGUUUUUGACAUCGUCUUGGAGUGUUUCGAAAUGCAGCCUCACAGUAAUCUUUUCUUGGAUCUAAUACCAAUUUUCCCGAAGUCACAUGCUUCUCAAAUCCUUGGUUUCAAAUUUCAAUAUUAUCAACGAAUGGAAGUUCAAAGUCCUGUACCUUUUGGGCUGUAUCAGCUUGCAGCAUCGCUUGUCAAAGAAGACCUUGUUGAUUUUGAUAGCAUAUAUGCACAUCUAAUUUCUAAGGAUGAGGAAGCAUUCGAAAAAUUUGGUUCAAUUUCAACGAAGCGCCUCGACGAGGCUAACAAGAUUGGGAAAAUUAAUCUUGCUGCUACUGGAAAGGAUCUUAUGGAUGACGAAAAGCAAGGAGAUGUGACCAUAGAUCUUUAUGCUGCUAUAGAUAUGGAGAAUCAAGCUGUCAAUGAAUAUGUUUCAGACCUAGAGAACAUCCAAACAUUAGGCUUGCUCACUGGUUGCCUUGUUGUGGAUGAUUGGUAUCAUGCAAAUGUCUUAUUCGAGCGUCUCUCUCCUCUUACUCCAGUUGCAUAUGCUCAGAUUUGUGAUGGAUUGUUCAGGCUCAUUGGAAAACGUAUUUCUUCAGCAUAUGAUAUUGUCCAUCAACAGCGUUUUGACAACACCUUGAAUGGCCCCAAAGCAUUGGAGACUGCAGAUUCUUUGAAUGGCACUCUAGUUGUGCUUCCUAAAGAGCUUUUUGAGAUGCUUGCCUGUGCUGGACCUUAUCUAUAUCGUGACACUUUGUUGUUGCAGAAGGUUUGUAGACUUUUGAAAGUUUACUACCUGUCAGCACUUGAACUCGUAAGCAAAGGAGACAAGGCUACUGUACCUGUAAAUGGUUUUAAUAUAAAUCCUCGGUUGCAUCUUAGAGAAGCAAGAUCAAGAAUUGAGGAAGCACUAGGAUCUUGUCUGCUUCCAUCAUUACAGCUGGUACCUGCAAACCCUGCCAUUGGCCAGGAGAUUUGGGAAGUGAUGAGUCUUCUUCCUUAUGAGGUGAGAUAUCGUCUCUAUGGUGAGUGGGAAAAGGAUGAUGAAAGGAUGCCUAUGCUUUUGGCAGCCAGACAAACAGCUAAGUUGGAUACAAGGAGGAUUCUGAAAAGGCUUGCAAAGGAAAAUUUAAAACAGCUGGGUCGUAUGGUCGCUAAGCUUGCUCAUGCUAAUCCUCUAACAGUUCUCCGAACAAUUGUUCAGCAGAUUGAAGCCUACCGAGAUAUGAUCAUGCCGGUUGUGGAUGCUUUCAAAUAUUUGACACAGUUGGAGUAUGAUGUCUUAGAGUAUGUAGUGAUAGAGCGUUUGGCGCAAAGUGGUCGUGAAAAGCUGAAAGAAGAUGGGCUUAACUUGUCUGAUUGGCUUCAAUCCUUGGCUUCCUUUUGGGGGCAUCUGUGCAAGAAGUACCCUUCAAUGGAGCUGAGGGGUCUUUUCCAAUACCUUGUCAACCAAUUGAAGAGGGGUCAAGGAAUUGAACUUCUUCUUCUGCAGGAGUUGAUACAACAGAUGGCAAAUGUUCAGUACACGGAAAACAUGACAGAGGAGCAGCUUGAUUCCAUGGCAGGUGGCGAUAAUUUGCGCUAUCUUGCCACUUCAUAUGGCAUUAGCAGAAACAAUAAGGCACUUAUAAAAUCUACUAAUAGAUUGAGGGAUUCCUUGCUUGCGAAAGAAGAACCAAAGCUGGCAAUUCCUCUUUUGGUGCUAAUUGCACAAUAUCGUUCUUUGACUGUUGUCAAUGCGGAUGCACCUUAUAUAAAAAUGGUAAGUGAGCAGUUUGACAGAUGCCAUGGGGUUCUUCUGCAGUAUGUAGAAUUCCUGUGUAGUGCUGUGAAUCCAGCAACUGCUUAUGCACAACUGGUACCGAGUCUUGAUGAUCUUGUUCAUCUGUACCACCUUGAACCUGAGGUUGCGUUCUUGAUCUAUCGGCCAGUUAUGAGGAUAUUCAAAUGUGCCAAUAGCUUUGUCUCAUGGCCUUUAUGUGAUCGCGACGAGCGAAGUGAUGUUGGUGACCUCGUUUUGGAUCUUGGACCUGCUUUCAGUCCUGUGAGGUGGUCUGAUCUUCUUGGUACAAUUCGAACUAUGUUGCCUCCAAAAGCAUGGAACAGCCUUUCCCCAGAUUUGUAUGCAACAUUUUGGGGUCUUUCACUGUACGAUCUUUAUGUUCCUCGGAGUCGAUAUGAGUCUGAGAUUGCCAAACAGCAUGCUUCUUUAAAGGCUCUGGAAGAGGUCACUGAUAAUUCAGGUUCCGCAAUUGCUAAAAGGAAGAAAGAUAAAGAGAGGAUACAAGAGUCCUUGGAUCGUCUCAUGAGUGAGCUGCAAAAACAUGAGGAAAAUGUUGCUUCUGUGCGUAGGAGGCUUGCAAGUGAGAAAGAUAAAUGGUUGAGCUCUUGUCUUGAUACGUUGAAGAUCAAUAUGGAAUUUCUGCAACGAUGUAUUUUUCCACGGUGUAUCUUCAGUAUGCCGGAUGCAGUUUAUUGUGCCAUGUUUGUUCAUACUCUUCACUCCUUGGGCACACCUUUCUUUAACACAGUCAACCAUAUUGACGUUUUAAUCUGUAAAACUUUGCACCCAAUGAUUUGCUGCUGUACUGAGUAUGAGGCUGGUAGACUCGGCAGAUUUUUGUUUGAAACACUAAAAAUUGCCUACUAUUGGAAGAGUGAUGAAUCAAUCUAUGAACGUGAAUGUGGGAAUAUGCCUGGAUUUGCAGUUUACUAUAGAUAUCCAAACAGUCAGCGGGUUACAUAUGGCCAGUUUAUUAAGGUGCACUGGAAAUGGAGUCAGAGAAUCACACGAUUGCUGAUACAAUGCUUGGAAUCCACAGAAUAUAUGGAAAUUCGAAAUGCACUUAUAAUGUUGACUAAAAUAUCAAGUGUAUUUCCAGUUACUAGGAAAAGUGGAAUAAACAUUGAGAAACGGGUGGCAAAGAUCAAAGGUGAGGAAAGAGAAGAUUUGAAGGUUCUAGCCACUGGUGUUGCGGCUGCUUUGGCUGCUCGCAAGCCAUCUUGGGUGACUGAAGAUGAAUUUGGGAUGGGAUAUCUUGAAUUGAAACCUGCACCACCAGUGGCUCCAAAGUCUUCAACAGUUAAUGCUUCAGGAAUCAGUGUUUCUCAAUGUGAACACGCAGGAGGAAGAGUUACCUCUGAAGCUCAACCUUUAGAUUCAGGGAAUUCCAUGAAAGAUCAAACAUUCCGAACAAAGUCUGUAGAAGGUAGGUUGGAGAAGACUGAUAGUGUUCCAGGGAAUGCUAAGAAAGGUGGUUCAAUAGUAAACGGAUCAGAUGUGCUGUCAACAAGUGCACAGAUAAGUGUAACAAGGUCAUUGGAGAGUCAAAAGCUGGUGGAUGAGCCUCCGACCAAGAUUGUGGACGAAAGCAUUGCAAAGGGAGCAUUAAAGUCGUCUACAGACACUGAGCAAAAGGUUGCUACUAAACGGAGCUCAGCUGGUGCUGGUUCAAAACCUUUUAAACAAGAGUCUAAAGAUGAGGCUAAGUCAGGUAAAGCUGCUGGAAGGACUGGUGCCUCUGGAAAUGAGAGGGACCAUACAAGUCAUCCUAUAGAGAGCAGGCAAAUUGGACAAGCUAAUAUUUUGCCUGCAUCUGUUUCUAAUGGUAAUUUAGCUUCUGCAUCCAAAGGCUCUGGUAUAAGAGCUGAUGUAGAAACUAGUGAAUUGUGUGGUGAAUUUGGACCCACAAAGUCCUCUAAUUUUAGGGUUGUUGGAUCUGAUCAAUCUGAUUUUUCUCGGUCUUUUCGUUCAGGUCAUUCUCCAAGACAUGAUGCUCGUGCUAAGUCUGUUGAGAGACAACAAAAACGAACUAGUCCUGCAGAAGAACCAGAUAGACUGCAUAAACGAAGAAAGGGUGAUUCUGACACGAGGGAUAUGGACGCUGAUGUGCGAUCGACUGAUCGAGAAAGAAUAAUUGAGGAGAGAGUACCUGACAAAUCCUACCCGUCGGAAUUGGACAAGUCUGGUAAUGAGGAAUUAUCUUUUAGUUGGGCUGGUGAUAAACAUCUGGAUAGGACAAAGGAGAAAAAUAGUGAAAAGUAUGAGAGAGAGUAUAGAGAAAGAUCUGAUCGAAGUGAUAAACUCCGCGGUGAUGAUAUUUCUGAAAAUUCUAGAGACAGAUCAAUGGAAAGGUAUGGAAGAGAACGAUCUGUUGAGAGAGUACCUGAACGGAGGAACGAUAGGGGAUUCGAUGGCCAAAGUGACAAACCUAGGGAUGACAGAAGCAAGGAUGACAGAUCUAAAUUGCGUUACACUGAUGUAUCUGGUGUUAAAUCUCAUACUGAUGAUCGAUUUCAUAGUCAGAAUUUGCCACCUCCGCCCCCGUUGCCUCCUCAUGUGGUUCCACAAUCAGUUAAUGCUGGUCGAAGAGAUGAUGAAGCUGAUAGAAGGUUUCCAAAUGUUAGACAUGCUCAGAGACUUUCCCCUAGGCAUGAGGAAAAAGAACGUAGACGGUCAGAGGAAAGCUUGUUGUCUGUGCCGGACGACUCGAGGCGCAGAAGAGAAGAUGAGUUUAGGGAUAGAAAACGUGAAGAACGGGAGACUACGACGAUGAAGGUGGAUGAAAGGGAGAAGGAAAAAGAAAGAGAACGAGAGAGAGAUAGAGCAGGUCCCGUGAAAGAGGAAAUAGAUGCAAUUGCAGCUUCAAAGAGAAGAAAACUUAAAAGGGAACAUGCUCCUGCUGGAGAACCUGGUGAGUAUUCCCCUGUUGCUCCACAACCAUCAAUUUCCAUUGGCUUGUCACAGCCAUACGAUUCUAGGGACAGGGCGGAGAGGAAAGGUUCAAUGGUUCAGCGUCCUACAUACUUUGAGGAACCCGGUAUGAGGAUGCAUGUGAAAGAACCAGGAAGCAAGAUGGUGCGACGUGAUGUUGAUCCAAUGUAUGAGCGUGACUGGGAUGACGAGAAAAGACAGAGAGUUGAAGCAAAACGCAGACACAGGAAAUGAUAUUUAAGUGAUGAAGAUGGGUGUUCGUUUGCUUAAGAGAGGACGAGCAUGAACCAGCUUUUUGGCUAUUCAUGUUUUACUGGAUUCAUCUGAUGUACAAGAAUUUUGUACCAAUGUCUAUAUUCUAGUCGAAUUUUCAUCAACAUGACCCGAUUGUAGAAAAAACCUUAGGUGGACAGCAUCGUGCCAAAGAUUCAUCAGAGAAAAUAUUGAAAUGAUAUAUUCCGGUUAUGGAUGAUGCUGGUUUGAACUUGUUGGAACCAGAGGCAAUUCUAAGAUGUUUGGCUUUUAAAGCUAACCGUUGUAAUAUGUAAUCACGUGAUUAUAAAAUUAUUUUCUAAAAAAAAUAUAUAACAUCAAUUGAGACAUUGUUAAAUUAAUACAAAUGUUAUUUCGAACAAUUAUAUCUAUAAAGUUUUAACAUAACCAAAAAAAAUAUCAACUAAUU